CUAUCUUAAACCUGCCGUAGCAACUCCCGCUACUGUGGAGUAGGAUUGCGCAACUGCUCUUUUUCACCCCGCCGCGUACGUAGGUUUAAACGGCGGCCGCCAGCUCAGCUCUCGAGGACAGCGCAGUCGUGCCACUGUUGACCACCUGCAUUGAAACUUGAACCUUCCCGGUGCAUCCGCACUUUCGCCAACGCCCGUGCCAUCUAGAUCUCUCACCGCCGAAAGUACAAAGACAGCGACUUCGCUCGCGCUUUUUCUUAUCACACCCGGAGAAUUUCCUAUCUAUCGUCGGUUCUGAUCUAGUUUCAUAUCCUGUGUCACUCUAGGAAUCAUCGAAUUUCGAGCGCAGUUCGGCGCCAUGGCUGCGAUGGAGGAGCUCGAGAGCCUCCUCAAGUCACUGCAGGCGGGAAAGCCGCCCGGCGUAACAGCGACCAAAAUCAAGGAGAUAACCCAGAAGAGUGUGGACAACGUACAGUCCGAUGUCCUUAUCGUCCAGAAGAUCGCCCAGCAAUUCAAGAACAGCCCCGGCAACUAUAAGCUUGGAGUGCUCUAUGUUGUAGAUUCCGUGGUCCGUCAAUGGCUCGACCGCGCGAAGAAGACUGGACAGACAGUUUCUCGCAAUGCCGCUCCUGGUACAUUCGCUUCGGGUGUGCAGAAGGUCACCGAUAUUCUACCUCUUCUUAUGACCGAUAUUUCUCAAUCAGCACCGGACAACCAGAAGGAAAAGAUUUUGAAGUUGGUCGAGAUUUGGGAACGUGGGCAGACAUUUCCCCAAGAUAUGCUAGCCGGCUUCAAGCAGCAACUCGGCAAUACGAAGACUAGCGCUUUUACUCCUACAGGUAGCCCCGCCAAGAAUCUCCAGGCACCAUGCCACCCGAGCCUCCCGACUAACCCACCUCAUCUCGUUGCAGCAGCACCAGCAGCACCUUCACAGGAUACAAACGCGCUACUCGCCGUGUUGGCUGGGUUUGCGCCACAACAAAACAACAAUACUAACCCCAUGUCUGCAGCUGUACCCCCGCUGCCGUUCCCUCAGAAUGCAGCGUUCCCUCAGAAUGCAGCGUUCCCUCAGAAUGCAGCGUUCCCUCAGAAUGCAGCGUUCCCUCCACCGCCGCCAGGAUUCGCACCGCCGCAACCUCCGCCGGCUCCAGCGGUGAAUAACCCGCAGCCCAAUGGUAAUACGGCACAGGGUGUCACUGAAAUGGCAGGUCAAAUACUUCAAGCUAUGCAAGCCGGUACAAUUAGCCAAGAACAAGGAUUGCAAGUACUGAACAUGCUGGCUGCGGCUCAAAAUGGCGGUCUUCCCGCACCGCCUUCGCAACCUGCACCUACCCUGCAGGCGCCUCAAGUACAGAAUGGUGCACACUCAGAUCGAUAUGAACAGAAUGGCAGUAGAUUCCGGGAUCGUAGCCGCUCACCUGAGUACAACCGGCGUCAGCAGUCUCCACGUAGAUCCCCUCCAGCACGACGCGAUAGCCCAACGUAUGGAGUUUACGAUCCAAAUGCAGGCCCUAAUGGCGACCCAAUGAACCGCCAAGAUCGAGGUGAUCGUGGCCGUGGUCGAGGUAGGAACCGCGGUGGUCGUAAUGAUCAUAAUGAAUAUCGUCAACGUACGCCUCCGCCUAGGCGAGGUAGUGGCGGCGAUAAUGUUCCGGCGUACCAGAAUGGGUCGCCGAAGUUUAUAGACUGGGACCGCACACUUCCCCGUGACCAUAUCAAGGUUUUAAGCCGUACACUUUUCAUAGGUGGUGCUACUGGGACAGAAUCGGAAAUCCGAAGCAUAUUCAGUCAAUUCGGAAAAGUCCAGAGCUGCAUCGUCAACCAGGACAAACGCCACGCUUUCGUCAAGAUGCUGACUCGCCCGGAUGCGCUCGAAGCAAAAGCUCGCAUGGAUAGCACCCAGGAUCCAAACAUACUGUCAAAGGCUCGCCAGACUAGAUGGGGUGUAGGCUUCGGCCCCCGCGAUUGUAGCGAUUACAACACCGGUAUCAGCGUCAUCCCAAUCUCCCGACUCACCGAUGCCGAUCGAAAAUGGGUGUUGACUGCUGAGUAUGGCGGUACUGGCGGUGUUCCCCUGGAAGAGGGCAUGGUCAUCGAGGAACCCGAUAUCGAGAUUGGAGCUGGCGUGUCGUCGAAAGCUAUUAGCCGACGAGUGCCUCCCGAGGGCGGUCGGGGCCGUGGAGGUUUCCGAGGAGGACGAGGCGGCGGUGCAGGAGCUGAUGAGAAUCGCUUUCGUCGCUCAGCCGAUCGCCCUAACACACACGACAGCCGCCAUAUCUCGCCACGAGCAGAGCAAGGCGUUGCCGUACCUCCGGCCGUUCCUGGGUUUGGCUUCCAGCUCCCUUUCCAAAUGGGUUAGCGACGCAGUCGUCUAUCCCACAUUCUGCCUCUGAGAAAACGGCCUUGCACAAAAGUAGUCGUCCAUGGCCGCGGGUUCGAAGGCCAUGUUAUCUGUGGUCGGUUUGAGCCUCCGACCAAGGCUCUUCUGAGUCUGCCCAAAGGGGGAUUUUAUUUGACUUGUUUCUGCAUUGCAAGGCGCUGUGGAAACUUCCGUGGAGCUGCGGGCUUCAUAGGCAACGGCAUCUCGUGGCGUUUUCGCAGCUCUUCGAGGGUCACUGUAGACAUUAGUGCAUGUACGAGUAGGGGUCUGUCCGGCAUCCAAUACGUAUGAGGUGGAACGGUGUGGUAAUACAAAAGCAAUACGUUCACAGCAUUCAAUGUUCAUGCAAUGUUUGG